AAUUUGAACAACAAUAGUAAAAAAUCAAGGGUUUAACAAUUUUCUGGGUGUGUCGAACGAGGGCUCAGCUUAAAGUUUGUUCCUUUUUUCUCAAUCGUUUUCCCUCACGGCACAUUCUUCUUCUUCUUCUUCUUCCAAAAAACAGGAACAUGGAUCCUCCGAUUAAGAAAAAGACAUUGUCUCGUGCUAGCUUGAGUCCUCAGAGGAAAGACAAGUGCAUAGUUUUUCCCCUUGUGAGGUAUAAUGAAUUCCGGGAGCCUGUUUGCCAGGCUUGUAAUGUGGUUAUGUUGGAGUCUAUACGUGCACACCUAGCUUCUCCGGAGCAUAACGAGGUAAUGGAAAAACUGAAAGCUAAUGCUGCUGGAUCAACUGAAGAUAAGAAUGCAAAGCCAGUUACUGGUACCAACAACUCUCCCAAGGCUAAUCCAGAACAACCUCAAGACACAGCAUGCCAACUGCCUGAAUUUUCACAAGAUGUGCCUAGACAUGAAUCACCAUCUGCGCUUCCACGAGAUUUUUGUGAUGACAGUGGUAAAAUAAGGACAAGAUCUGUUUCAAAAGUAACUGAAACGAUGGAUCCUCCUAAAGAACAAGAACACCAGGAAUCCAUAGUUUCACCUUCCACAGAUGAAGUUUUGACAUCUUCGAAACGUGGAAGGCCACGAAAAACAAAGCCUACCAAGUUCGUAAUCAACGAGAAAUCCAAUCCCACAUCAACACCCCGAAGAUCUAAAAGAAUAAAGCAUGUAGCAGAUAAAACUGCCAACAAUGUUCCCGAAGUAUCUUCAUCCGAGGAAUUAUUGAAGGUAAAAUUAAUUACAUUACUGAAGGGACGUACUGCAGAAAAUUCACAAGCAGAUGGCAAAGAAGUCUCUUCAGAUAUUGACGCCUUAGUAAUCUACAAAAGAAAAAGACUACCUCGAAAGAGGUCUUCUGGUCAAAUAAGCAAGUCUCCAAAGAAAACUGCUCCUUCAGAGCCUCCAUCUGCUGCAAUUUCAAGCUCUACUACUGCAUCACCCCCUCAUCAAGAUCCUCCUGCAGCUACUUCACCCAGCGCUGAUGCUCCUCAUAUUGAAAAUACAAAUACUGCUGAGCCAGUAUUGAGUAAAAGCCUUGUCGAAGAGGUCGAGAAGGUGAACCCUGCUCCAGCCAAUGCUCAAGAACAGGUUGCUUCUAGUAAGGGUCAAGAAUCUCCAGAUCAAGUUGACCCAAAGGUUGAUGAAGUCUCUACUGGGAACACCCCACUCGAUCUAGAAGCCAUUAACAAAAUGAUCGAAGAUGACCCUUUGAGUGCUAUUGAAAAUAUCCUGACAGGGAAGGUUUCCAUUUGUUCUAAGACUCCACAAUCUAUCACUCAGUCAGAACAACCAAAAGUUCAAGGCUCCCCUGCAGAUGUUCUGUCAAAAGAGCUAAAAGACUUAAUGCAGAUCUUUAGCUUAGGUGAUUUUGUUACUGACUAUGAACAAAUGUCAAAGGUCCUACUUAUUCUUGAAGAGUUGCAGAAGAAUGAGAAGUUUCUUUCUCUUGAACAGCAAGCAUUCAUAAAGGCCUUCAGACUCUUCUUCAACAAUGCUGUUACUCACCGCAAACAGUGUGAUACGGCUGGAAUAAAGAAAGUCGAGUUGAACCGAGCUAAAGAAGAUAUCCUUCUGAAACUGCAAGAAGUUAAACAUACACAGGAGCAAAUCACAUCGACCAUUUCAAAUGCCAACAACAGGGUCAAUGAAAUAUCUUCUUAUAUUGAACAACUUGAAGAACGGUUAUCCAAACUGAAGGAAGAGAGGGAGACCUUUCAGUUGGCUAUUAAGGAAGGCGAGAAACAAAGGGAGACAUUGAAGAAUGAUAGCAUCUUAUGGGCUCAUCAGACUAAGGACCUGGUUUUUGAUCUUGCAGAGAUUGAGGCCAAAGAAAAAAUCCUUGGACAGCAACUUGAAACAGACAAUGAUGCAUAUGACCAAUUUAAAGCAUCCUUUCCUUUUUAAUUUCUGUUUGAAAAUUGGUAGUUGUAAUUACUCUGUUAUGUUCAAUUCAUGUAUGGUUUAGUUCAUGCAUGUUUAGUUUAUGUUCCUUUAAGCAAUUUAAGGAUUUAGACCCAGUUAAGUGUAGAAUUAUAACCUUUGAUUACAAAAUUAAUGGAUGAAAUUUUAACAAUUUCAUAA